AUGGAUGCAGCCGCAGUACGCACCUUAGUGCAAGAAGCCGUCCAAGCAGCAAUUGAAGCAACAAGGAUUCCUCCUCCACCUCCUCGUGUCGUCCCAUUUGCAGUGACUCCAGCAGGAGCAGGUGACGCCGCAUGGGACUUCACAUCCAGCACCGGACUCAAGAUCUUUGUGGCUUCCACUGCCCCUUUCGCAGCAUCGUACGAUGGAAAUGAGUCAGAGCUCCGCGACUUCCUGAGAAAGAUCUUACAACGUGCACAGACUUACGGCUGGACGCAGAUCUUUUUCAUAGCCGACGACGCAGGAGUAGUGCGUAACCUGACAAAGGAACACGGAUGUCUUACCCUUGCCAACGUUCAGACAGCAGCAAUCGCCAAUCUGCGUGGAACUGGAAGGCCUCAUCAAGCCACGGAAUGCCUUCGACAGUUGAUUGUUGGAUCGGUGUCGGCAGCAAUCGCCGACAAGCUCUACCAUCGCAGAGCCAACUACACCAUCAAUGCAGCUGCAGCUGCAGGCGAGGGCGAGGCAAUUCCGGCACCGAUCAUGAAGGAAGACGGAACCUGUAUGCUCUACGAGCUCAUCACCUUGGUAUCGGUAGAGACAAGGGCGACGGUCGCAAUCAUCACCAAGAAACUGGCCAAUCUUGAUGUGAUCAUGAGCGAGCAAAAGUCCAACGUGGAAGGAUUCAAUUCGGUGGUCAACGACUUGGUCGCUGCACUCCAUGCUAGAGCGGCAACGGUCCCGCCCCUUGUCACAGCUUUGUUCGAUGGGUACGCUAUGUGCCAGGACUCCAUCUUCGUCAAGUACAUUGCAAGGAAACAAGAGGAGUAUGAAGAUGGCUCGAUCAAUAUGACCCCCGAAAGGCUCAUGAACCUGGCACUCGAGAAGUACAAGAUCCUCGUAUCCAAGAAAGCUUGGAUGAAGAAAACUGAGGAGGAAAUGGAGAUAAUGGUUCUCAAGGCCGAGAUCUCCCAGCUCAGGAAGACUCCAUCCGCGACAGGAUCUUCCCAACAGAAGAAGGCAGCGACUCCACGCCAAGGAAAGGAUGACGACAAGUAUGCCUGGAAGCAAGUCGCACCAAAGGCUGGGGAGCCACAAGAGAAGAAAGUCAAUGGCAAGGAGUACAUCUACUGCCCCCACCAUCAGACCACCAAGUGGGUGCUCAAGGUCAAUAACAAGGGAGUCGAGCAUCGUACCGGGUGCUCCAAGCUCAAGGAAUCGUCUUCCGAUGCCAAUGAUGGAACGAAUGGAUCGAUGGCUGCUGCCCUCGCAAAUGCCACAGAAGAAAUUGGUUCCAACACCCAUCAGCAAGAAGAAGCUGUUGAGGAGAACACCUGA